ACUACCUUGUUUAUUGGUGGCCGCAUCCGGUUGGGUCACAGCUGUGUUUUCCCAUCUGCUCUGGAGUCGUUACUACGAAAACGGUCUUUAUUCCGCCUCAUUUGCGUCACAUUGCCCAACAAACUUCACUUAACUUUCGGCGUAAAGCGUUAAGUUUUACCCCCAAAGAUCUAGCGGGAAGUGCUAUUUAUUCAUGAGUAUUCUGGCGGGCUGUUGGCUGUUAGCUUGAGCCCGUUAGCCCGUUAGUCAGACAGCGAUGUCCGCUGCCAGAGUUUUUCUCUCUGCGUAUUUCGACUGUUGACUGAAAAACGAAGGCUCUUGUUUGCCAUGACGAGUGAGGACACCGACACCAACCUGGGGGCGGUUGAAGAAACCGUCCCCCCGGCGGAGCACGACUAUGCCCACGCCGCGGCCAGUAACUCCACCGAGGCGACGUCCCCCUCCGUCACCCCGGCUACCGACGGCGGAGUCACCCCGCGGGAAAGCUCACCGGCGGCGGCUGAAUCCGCUCACGUCGCGCCCGAGCAGCCCGCGCUCCCGGCGGAGCUCUCCGAACCGGCCGUGGGCGCGGAGGUGGACUUCCCCGGCGGAGGAAACGACGUGGGGCCGCCCGUGGACACCCGCAAGACCCCCGCAAGACGCGCCGGCCCCCGGCGUCACAGGCAGCCGGAGGACAGCGCCUGCUCCGCCUGCAAGGGCGCGUUCGAGCGGCAGGGCCGCAGCUUCAACCGCAGGGCGGUGUUCACCUUCACCAACCCGCAGACGGUGCAGUGGGUCUUCCCGGACAGCGCGGCGCAGGACAAGUCCUUCCUGUGCGAGACCUGCGCCCAGGUCAUCAGGAGCAAGUGCAAACGCAAACAGAGCGGGAAGCGGUCUCUGUGGCUGAAACCGGCGAAACAGUCGGAGGGGAAAGACAAGAAGAAGAAGACGAAAGCCAUCCGGAUGGGAAAGAAGAGCAAAGCAGCGAUGCUGGUCAGCAAGUCCUGCUACAAGGCCGCUUUCAAAAUGCUGUGGUCCGCUAAAGGCGCCCGGAAGCCCAUGAUGGAGUUCUGGAGCAAACAGUUGAAAGAGGAGAUGAAGGCGUUGACCCGAGAGGCGGACAGUCCCUUCCACCAGAAGGUGUCGAGCAUGAACCCGCUGUCGUCCUUCCCCUGGCGGCGCUGCCUGAGCUGGGCCCAGGACAAAGCUCCCCUCGUGACCGCCUGCCUCACCUCGCUGUUCCCCGACAUGAACGCGCUUUUCAAGAGCAGCCACCAGAUGUCGGAGGAGAUGGCCGAGACGCUUCUGACGCGCCGGUCCGUGUUGGCGCUCUCCCUCCCGCUCUUCACCAGGAACAUCUGGAAGAACAACUUCCUGCAGGCCGCUCUGGGGGCAGAGCUCCGCCUGCAGGGCUGCUCCGGCUCCGCCCUGGACAUCCUCAACACCAUGGGGCUGUGUCAGAACAGAGACACCGUCAGGUUGCUGCUGCACAAGCUCCGAAACAACAAGAACCCCCAAACACUGAACGGACAAAAGAUGGUGAUUAGAUUCGAGCAGAUUAAAGACGAACAGAUGAUUGGUGUGAAUGAAGGCAAUAUCGAGGAGGAAGAAGAAGAAGAAGAGGAGGAGGAAGAACAGGAGGGGGAAGGAGAAGAAGAAGAAGAAGAGGAGGGGGAGGAGGCAGAAGACGAGGAUGAUAUGCAGGAGGUGGAAGAGGAAGAAGUGCAGGACGGAAUGCAGGAGGAGGCAGAGGAGAAAAGCCUCUGA